GGCGCGCGCCCUGCACCUGUGACUGCUGUUGGUGAGACAGACUCCUUCACUGCAGGAGCACGAGGCCUGACCAGAGUGCGGAUUAAUUUGACAGCUACGUUUUUAAAGGACUCGAUUUGACUGACCAACACAAUUCUUCCCAUCAUCCUUGGAUUUGAGAGCUACAGAUGGAGGGAGUGCUGAUUUUAAGAGCUGCUUCUCCUCCCAACUGUUCCUCUCAAGACACUGCUCCACCUUGUCCACUUCAGGAAGAUUCAGGUCUCCAAGCAUCUUCUCCUGUUGCUCCCCCCAUGUGCAUUACCGCUGUACCACCACCACCACCUCCUCCUCCCCCUCCCCCUCCCCCUCCCCCCCCUCCUCCUCUUCUCCCACCCCCUCCUUUCUCUUCUCGUACUGUCCAGCGACGUUCCAUGAAAAAGCUGAACUGGGACACUAUCCCCCGCCAGCGUGUCCUGGGUAAAUUGAAUGUCUGGACGUCUAAGCGGCCUCAGAGGGACUUGGUGCUGGAUUUUCGAAGCAUGGAGGAGUUGUUCAGUCAUGUCGACAAACGGGCCUCACUACACAGUUCAAAGGUCAUGGGUCUGAAGAAGUGUGAGGGGAUGGACCUUUUCCCACAGGAGCCUCAGGUCACAAUUCUUGACUCCAAAAAGAGUAUGAACAUUGGGAUCUUCCUGAGACAUUUCAAGAGGCCAGUGAAAGAAAUUGUGCAAGACAUAUGUCACGGGAACUGGCUCAGAUUUGGAUCAGGCAAACUGAAAGAGCUUUGUAAACUGCUGCCAGAAGAAAGUGAGGUGAAGCAGCUAUUAUCAUUCAGUGGGAACCUCUCCUCGUUACCUGAAGCAGACCAGUUCAUGGUGCAGCUAGUCAAAGUGCCAUGCUACGAGGAACGCCUCAAGACUAUGGUGCUAAGGGAGGAAUUCUUUCCUCUUAUGGAGGAUGUGAAGAACUCUGUUGCUGUUAUGACCAAAGCAGCUAAUGAGCUGUUGGACUGCGAUGACCUCCACUCAGUCAUUCGGCUGGUAUUAAAAGCUGGAAAUUACAUGAACGCUGGUGGCUACAGUGCCAAUGCCAUUGGCUUCAGGAUGACCUCUCUGCUCAACUUGGCAGACACCAAGGCCAACAAGCCUGGCAUGAACCUCAUGCACUACGUUGCCAAGCAAGCAGAGGACAUCGAUGCUGAGUUGUUGACUUUCCCCAAUCAGCUUGAAAACAUUGGGAUGGCAUCAAGAAUUUGUAAAGAGGAGGUAAUCACAGACUUUGAGAGAGAAGUGAAGAAGAUCAAGGAAGUGAAAUUGUUCACCAGCAGACAGCCUGACCUCUUAAAACAGAUGGACACAUUUUUCCUGAGGGCUGAUGCCAAGCUUGCUGACAUGGAGUCCUCUCUCCAGGAGCUAAAAGUGCUGAGCAAUGCUGUCGCUGAGUACUUCUGUGAAGAUCCAGCUACCUUCAAACUGGAGGAGUGCUGCUCCAUUUUUCAUUCAUUUUGCAAGCGGUUUUACACAGCUGUGCAGGAGAACCAAGAGCGAGAGGCAGCAGAGCAGAGACGCAAGAGGAGGGAGAGCAUGCGUAGUACAACCAAACGCCGAUCGACAAUGUCAGGCCCCAGGCCUGAACCUGAGCAGGACACCUCCAGCUUGGAGUCGGCCCUACACAGUUUUCUCUCCACUAUUCCAGAAGGUCUUGCCAGAUGCAGGAAGAACAUGUUGACCACAGUUGAAGGGUCUCCCUCUGAGCGCAGUAUAUCAGUACAAAAAACUGUGGCCCGUACUAAACAAGAGAGGACUGAGAAGAAACAACCCAAACAUCAGAAAGAGGAUGAGCAAGUAGCAGCACUGGAAAACAAAGAGGAAGCUGAGAAGAUGCAUGAGACAAGUCGGAAAGUGCUUCGCUACCAAAACAGCCAAAGAAGCCUUGAUGGGGACAAAGUUUCAGGCACCCCUCGCCGGUCAGAGAGAACGCAAGACACUAUAGCUACCCCACGUACCCCUCGCCCUAGAACCAGUGACUUUUUCUUUGCCAACAAUGGGAAUGUGGGCUCCCCGUGGACUAUUCUGAGCCCUUUUACUUGCCCCCGAAGAAAUACCCCCCUACAAAACAGACCAACAAACCAACACAGACUGUCUUUGAUGUCUGGCGGAGAUGACCUUGAUGAUGGAGUCUGGGAAAGUGAUGAAGGCAAUUGUCUCCCCAAUUCCUCCAAUCAGGACAGUCUAACAUCUCCAUCUAGUGGUUCUGUGUCUCUUCCUGAAUGUCCCAGUCAGAGAGCUGUGUCGCAGGGUCCAAUGUUGAGGUCUGUUUCCAUGGAUGAAACCAGCCAAUCUCCAGCAUCUGACUUGUACCAGAGAAGCAUAUCUCAAAGGUCAUACUCCUCUGGCUCAAGGACAGAAAGUAUGAGAGAAGAAGGACCUGGAGGCAAUAAGGCAAGGAAUCAUAUUGAGGGGCAAGUGAACACCUCCCGAUUCAUAUCCUUCUUCAGACGCAUUGGAGGCAGAAGUAAGCCUGGUGAUGUGGAAGAACAAAACUUCAAAGGAUCUAAUAGUUGAUUAAAAAAUCCAUUUAGAGACAAAGCUUUGUGAUUUUUUGUUUGUGUGUGUGUGUUUUAGAUUGUUAAAAUGUUUGUCUUUUUUUACUGUUAUGGUUUAACCCUUCAGUGAAACCAAGGCAAAUGAGGAUUUGCUUUGAACUGUAAUAGUUUUGAUUUUUGGGAGUCAAACCACGUUCAAAAAUCGUAACAUCUUUCUUUCUUUCUUGUCUUUUUGUGCGCAAUAAAGGGUGAUAUUCUACCUUUUUUUU